AUGCUGUCCGUCUCGCAAAACACAAGGUCGAAGAGGAAGGCCAAUGUAGAGGAAUAUGCGUACGAUCCGACGGGUUUUACGUCCAGGAAACGUCGGAACAUUCAAUCAACGGUCAAGCAUGCGGAGCAGUCGUAUUUCUCUAGGAAUUCAGGUGGAGGCGAUUACAACUAUAUCCUGCAUAACCACUAUCGGACUGAUGCUAUGGAUGAAGAGAUGGAUAUGUCUCCUGCUCCGCCCUCGCUGUCAAAGUUGAACAUUAGUAUGGAUACCUCGACAUCCAGAGGCUCUACUCCAAUCACCAAUCCGGAAGAAGAGGACGUGAAUAUGGAAGCCGAGCCUCAAAAACAGCCUUCAAAGCAACGUAUGGUCAUCGUCAUGGGUUAUAGGACAGAUUGCGAGCGUUGCAAAAACAAAGAGCCGGGUCACUACAGUCACCUCGUCCCGGCACAGUGA